AUGGCUUCUACAGACCGUGCAUCUCCGACGGGAGACCGAUCCAGUGGUACAAUGUCCCCCACCCACACAGUCGACGUCGAAAAGAAUGGCGCCACUGACGCGAUCAAGCUUCACGACGACGGUACCAAGGUAUCCCCGACUGGACCAGUAACAAAAAGCAUGUUUGGCGAGAAACGUGAGCAGUACCGCAGCGAGGAGGACUACAUGUACGAACAGCAGAAGCGCUCCGAGGGUGACCACAAAUUUCACCGUCUCGGCUGGAAGAAGCUCACCAUCUGCUUGCUCGUCGAGGCCAUCGCUCUCGGUGCUCUGUCCAUCCCCUCUGCAUUCGCCACACUUGGCAUGGUGGCCGGUGUCAUCAUCUGCGUCGGGAUGGGUCUGAUCGCCAUUUACACGAGUUUCAUUGUCGGCCAGGUCAAAGUCAAGUUCCCGCAAGUCUCGCACUACGCCGAUGCCGGCCAGCUCAUGAUGGGCCGUUUCGGCUAUGAGCUGAUCGGAGUCAUGUUUGCGCUUCAGCUCACGCUGCUGGUCGGCUCGCACAGUCUCACUGGUACGAUCGCUUUCCUCAACCUCAGCGACAACGCCCUCUGCUCGCUCGUCUUUGGUGUCAUCUCUGCGAUCAUUCUCUUCAUCGUGGCUGUGCCGCCCUCCUUCUCCGAGGUGGCCAUUCUCGGCUACAUCGACUUUGCCUCGAUCGUCAUCGCCAUUGGCAUUGUUAUCAUUGGCACCGGUGUCAGGAAAGAUCAGCCUUCGGUCGCGCCCUCGCUUACAGAGUGGUCGGCGUGGCCCAAGGAGGGCACCACGUUUGCCGAUGCUUGGAUUGCUGUUACCAACAUUGUCUUUGCCUACUCAUUUGCUGUCUGCCAAUUCUCGUUCAUGGACGAGAUGCACACCCCUACCGACUAUGUCAAGAGUAUCUGGGCGCUUGGCAUUAUCGAGAUCAUCAUCUACACCCUCACGGGUGCCCUCAUCUACGCUUUCGUUGGAACCGACGUUAAGUCCCCGGCGCUGCUCUCUGCGGGAACUACACUCUCCAAGGUCGCAUUCGGCGUCGCCUUGCCCGUCAUCUUCAUUUCCGGCUCGAUCAACACGACCGUGGUCGCGCGGUACAUUCACGGUCGCGUGUUCAAAAACUCGGUCAUCCGAUACAUCAACACCACCAUGGGCUGGGUCACCUGGCUUGGCCUCGUUGCUAUCAUCACUGUGAUCGCAUGGGUCAUCGCGGAAUCCAUCCCCUUCUUUUCUUCGCUCUUGGCAAUCAUGUCGGCGCUUUUCAUUUCGGGCUUUACUUUCUACUUCCCGGCGCUCAUGUGGUUCCUGCUGAUCAAAGAAGGACGAUGGAACGCCACUCGGAAGAACGUGAUGUUCAGUGUCGCGAAUGCUUCGGUCUUCGUUCUUGGCUUCGUCAUUCUGGUCUGCGGAACUUACUCUGCCAUCAAGGACAUCAUCGACCAGUACAACGAUGGGUCAGUGCGAGGCGCCUUCACAUGCGCCCCUCUCUGA